GUUCCGGUUAUCCUAUUGUACAAAACUUUAGUUAAAUUUAACCGAAGCAAGUUUCUGGUUAAAUUUAACCAACCUCUCUGAUACUGGUUAAAAGUUAACCAAUAUACAAAAUGGCUGCCUUUAUACCAAACGCCAGACGACCUAGACGGUUUAGACGAGUAAACAGACAAACUGACGACUUGGACAACGAGGAACUUCGACGACGCUACAGAUUUGGAUCUGAAAAUUUGGACAGACUAGAGGACCUCAUUGGGGAUCGACUUCGACAUGGGACGAACCGUAAUUUUUCUUUGACUGCACGACAGCAAAUACUGAUAGCACUCAGAUUUUUUGCAUCUGGGUGCUUUCUUCAGUUAAUCGGGGACACAUUUGGUGUCGACAUUGCCACUGUGUCCCGGACUAUUACCAGGGUGACGGACGUUUUAUUUUCACUGAAGGACGAAUACAUAAGAUUUCCAACGACGGAUGACGAAAGACGGACUGUUCAACAGGGAUUUUAUAAAAUAAGACAAUUUCCCGGCGUUGUUGGUUGUAUAGAUGGCACACAUGUUAGAAUAAUUUCUCCGCCGAAAGAUCAAGAGGCAGCUUACGUAAACAGAAAACGAUAUCACUUCAUAAAUGUCCAGGCUACUUGUAAUCAUCGCGGUAUGUAUACUGUUGUAUCUCACAAUGGUUGCCUCCCUUCCUACCAGGGGUUCCCUAUGGGGUUUUAAGUGUUGACAGAAAACAUUUAUUAAUACAACUUCAUUUCAUUUAUGACUGUGUGGAAAUGUUGUUGCUGAGUGAUAUUGUUUGUAGUGUAAUUAUUUUUAAAACAAUUGUUGUCAAAUGGGAAAAUUCACAUCUAUCUAUGAUGUAUUUAUUAAAAUGAGCCGCGCCAUGAGAAAACCAACAAAGUGGUUAAGCGACCAGCAUGAUCCUUGCCGUUCGAUAACGUUUUCUCUAAAGCUUAAAAAAAUGUUUGUUUGCGGUAUCCCGACCUACCUGAAAUUUUUGGCCCGACCUUAAAUGUUUUUAUGGCCUUGGAAAAUAUUUUUUCAACUUUUUUUAACAAGAAGUUGCAAAACUGCACUUAAAUUUAUGCUUUAAACAUUACCCUUUUUAUGCUUUUAACAUGGCCAGUGAUGUUAGAAAUCAUCUAACCGAUGCUCUAAAGGCAUAACCCCCUUAUGUGUAUCCAUUUUUUGACACAAAAAUAAUUUCCGAACAGUCUCCCUUAAAAAAAUUCCAAAAAAAGAGAAAAUUUCCGACCUACCUACCCUAA